AUGGUAAAUCCAUCUGAAGGAGAACGAUAUUUUUAUCGUGUUCUUUUGAAUCAUAUUCGAGGUCCAACAUCGUUUCAAGAUUUACGAACUUUAAAUGGAGUUACUGUUGUUACAUAUCGAGAAGCAGUGCUUCUACAUGGUUUAUUGAGCGGAGAUAAUAAUUGUGAAGAAUGUUUAUCUGAAGCUGUUAUUUAUGAAAUGCCUACUUCUUUAAGACGUCUAUUUGCUAUACUUCUUAGCCUCUGCAACCCUAAUGAUCCAAAAUUAUUGUGGAAUACAUUUAAAUCUUAUAUGAUUGAUGAUUACAUACAUGAAAAUAUUUCUUCACAUGAUACUAAAUUUCGGGCUUUAAACGAUAUUAGUUGUAUCUUAGAAUCUUUAG